AUGGCAACAACAAACUGUUGGUGGGAGGGAAGCUCCCAAUCCCGAUAUAAAGAACUAGAGAAGGCAGCAAAGGAUAAUAAUACAUGUAAAGGUUGCAAGGAAUCAAGAAAAAGCGUCUUAGAGGCUGCUGUGCAGGAUUAUAAGGGAGUGGAGAAGGAAGUUCCGAACAUGAUGAAUGCCUGGUGUUAUGUAAAUACAAGAGACGAGAAGGACAAACCUAUUUACUGUGACCUCUUUUACUACUGGCUAGGGGAAAUCCUCUUCCGUGAAGUGAAGAAGGAUGAAUUCGCCCGCCGGGAAAAAAUGAAAACGAUUUAUGAGAAGUUGCAAGAUUGGAAAAAAAUAGACAAUUGCACAAGGACCCUCCCAAAGGUGACGCCAGAGGAGUUCGGACGCCUAAAAGCUCUGUACCACUAUACACAGGACUACAGUCAGCUGGAGAAUAAAAUAAAUACGGAAGGUGAUCCAUGUGCUGAAGAAUACAAAAAAUUCCUGAAGGAAGCCAAUGAUACCUAUAUAGAGAGGGAUGACAGGUGUAAGCGUCCGAACGCGAACACGGACGAAUACUGCAAAGAAAUAGGGAAAAUAAUAAGUGGCGCCGGUGAGACACUUAAAGACCCAUCAGAAAUAUUACCCGAGUUGAAAAAGAAGCUGACUCCAUUAGAAAGUGAAGAACCGAAGAAUGUGACCGUAGAAACACACUCAGGUCAAAAAGGAACAUCGGGAGCCACCACUGGUGCAGUGGGUAAGUAUAUCCCAAUAGAUGGAGGAAAAAGUUCCACCUCCAGGAAGAAUAAAGGGAAGGGUGUGAGGAUGUAA